AUGGCGUUGCGCUGUGCUGCUUCCAUAGAGCGUGUUACGGGCGCAAAGAAAGAAAAAGAUGUUGCAGUAGAAGCAGCACCUGCCGCUGAAUAUGGUAGUGCUGACAGUGCAUCCGCCAAAGAAAACGGUGACGCUGCCGAAGUAGCUGCUGAAUCUACAACUCAAACACCAAAAGAAGCAUCUGCUGAGGCUGAAGCUGAAGCUGCUGCUCCCGCCGAAGAAAAUGGCAAAGAUGAUGAAGCGGAGAGCGAAGAAACUGAUUCAGCACCCGCAGAAGCUGUUAAGAGAAAAGUCGCCGAAGCCGAAGCCGAUUCUAAGCCAGAAGAAUCCACUACAGCACCACCAGAGAAAAAAGCCAAGCUGGACGAACCAGUUAAAGAAGACAACCAAAAUGGUUCCGAGGCAGCAGAAGUUGCGGCUUAAUUUAGAUCUUAAUAUAACACUUAAACUAUUCUACAUAUUCAGUAACAAAAAAAACAGAGAAGUGUACACCCAUAGAAUUUUAUGUGUAUGAUUUUAUGAAAGUGUGUUCAGUUUUUUUUUUUUGCGAGGUUG